CCUGGGCUACAAAUCGGCGCCGCUGACCUGGUUCGACGCUGAGGGUCAGAGGGUGACUGUUCUUUCCCACCUAUCGCAUUUCAAAAACGCAGUAAUGCACGCCACGACUGCGAGCACGGAUGACAUUCCUGUGAUGCGGUCAGCUGAUGCACUUGCUCUGGGCCUGUCGGGGGAGAUCACGAGCAUCCCAAGCGGAACAGUCUACUCAGCGGUUUUAUAUUCGACCACGUCCCCAACAGGAGCAACCGUGGUUCCAGAGAUGAAAUCUUCUGCGGUAGACCGAAAAUCUGUGCCAUUUUUCCAGACGAACAAAACCAAAAAGUCUUUGAUUCGCGACACGCUUUACGCCUGGGGGAAGUUUGUGCACAGCUUUGUUCGACGUGGAGAAAACAGAAAAAAGGUGUUGCCGGACGCAGAGGAUCCUGUUCUCGCGUAUCUCGGAUUUUUCACCGACAACGGCGCACAGUUCUACGGAGACUCGUACAACAGGAAUGUUCCGCGUGGCACCGGACGCGACAUCAAUGUCACUUGCUGCACGAGCGACAAAAUCUACCCCGUGCUUCGGAAGUCUGGUGGAGGAAAUGAAACGAUGGAACACAGAAGCGGCCGACAAGGUCAGAGUGCAGCAGCUGAUCCUGCCGAUCAUUCCGACCGUAGCCAUGGCCGUGUAGUGCCGCAACUGCCGCCAACACAGGAGCCAGCUCCUAUAGAAGUUCCCAAGCUUCGCUACCUCCAACUCGACGAUUGGUGGUACCGCGGCGUUUAUCCGAGUCCGCAAGACUGGGGCGUCAAAUGCGUUGAAGAUUGGAGGUUUGCUCCGGACGUUCCCGCAAGCCGAAAUUUCUCUGACUUCGCUACUAGCAUCCCAAACGCCUCCCUGAUGCUCUACGGCCCUUUCUUUUGUCCAAACAACACGCUGAUGCGGUUGCACCACGGCGAGGACGCCGUUGUUCCAGGCGAAGAACAAAAUACAACCACCAGCAGCCUUGGCCACGACGACGCUCAUUGGACCUGGACAGAGAGCGGGACCAUGCCCGUAUUGACGCCGAACGGACUUGACGGAUCUGCGGUGGAAGUCUAUGCGGAGCUGUUCCGACGCGCACGGCAGGCGUUUCGCGUGGAUUCCGAUGUUGCCACGAUUGAGCACGACCUGGACCGGGCAGGAGAAAAACAGCCGACGAAGCGGUUUUCUACAUCGCCGGCCACUCCUGUGUUUCGCAAUUUCGAGAUUGACUUCAUGAACGAGCUGUUUCUGCGUUCGGC